GAGAAACGUUCGCAAAAAAAAAUCUCUCGAUCGUUUUUCUCUCUGUUUUUGUUUCAGUCUACCUUCAAAAACAACAAUUUCCUUAUCACUUGUCGAGACUUCUAAUACUUUAUGUAUUUAAUUUUUCUUGUUUAAGCAUAAAAAUUUACAACUCGGUAGUACGAUAAGUCCUUUAUCAUUGUUCCCUUAUCAUCUAGUCACUAAAAAAAAACUUUGAUAAAACAAAUGUCUUUACAAACAUGAUCAACAAAGUAUUCAACUUGAACCUCGUCAAAAGGAUUACUUACUUAUCGCCGCCGUUUCGUGAAUCAUUUUCAACAUUUAGACCUUUGGACCUGAAAUUGACCUCGGCGAAGGAUGAAUCCAAGGGAACUCCGGUCGUUUUGCUGCUCGGAUGGCUUGGAUGUCAGGACAAACACCUGAAAAAAUAUUCAAAAAUUUACGAGGAUCGCGGAAUGACAACUUUGAGAUAUACUGUGCCAGGCGACGCGCUUUUUGUGUGGAGACCAAAGAUGACUCGCAUAUCAAAAAGCAUCCUAAGGACCUUGGAGGAGGAAAAUUUAACCAAAAAUCCGUUAAUUGUGCAUGUUUUCUCGAACGGCGGAGCUUAUGCCUUCAAAUACAUCUCGGACGAGAUGAAAAAUUCACAAUUGGAACUCGAUAUUCGAGGACAAAUCUUCGAUUCAGCUCCUUGUGGGGCCGGGGCACUCGGAAAUUUCUACCAUGUAUUGAAAGAAAUUAUCGGAAAAGACAAAAUUUACUCAUCAUUGGUGGCUUCUUCCUUAAUUUUUGGCGUCAUUUGUAUCCAAAUCCUAAAAUACCCGUUCCAAGCGUAUCUGGCGGACAAAAAUCCCUACGAAGGAUUGCUCCAAGACCAAAGAAACUUCCCGCAACUCUUUUUAUAUUCAAAAGAAGACAAAUUAAUGCCUUUCGAGGACGUCGAAAAAUUCAUCAAGGCCCGAAAAAAGCUUGGAAUCGACGUUACUUCAAAUUGUUUCAACGGAUCGCCGCACGUUUCACACUACCUCAUGUUCAAAGACGCUUAUUUAACGUUAAUUGAUGAUUUUUUAAAGAAAUGUUUGAACAAAAAAUAA